AUGCCUCGCCGCCACCGCCAGCAUCAUAGGAUUCAGCGCCGCAGGCUUGAGGAAGGCCUUCGGGCCCAAAGAGAGGUGCAGGGCCUGGUGGGCGCACAGGCUCCCGGGGCUGAGGAGGAGGGGGCAGCCGCCUUCUCCUCUACUGUGACCCCGGGCACCCUGGAGGAGGCUGCUGCUGCUGCACCACCGAGUCCUCCCCAGAGUCCUCAGGGAGCCUCCUCCUCCCCCACUGGCCUGGCCUCCAAUCCAAUGUGUCACUCCAAUGAAGGCUCCAGCAACCAAGAAGAGGAGGGGCCAAGCACCUCCCAGGACCUGGCAGACCCGGCGUCCGUGAUGCAAGAUACACUAGAAGAGAAGAUGUCUGAUUUGAUUCAUUUCCUCCUCCUCAAGUAUCGAAUCAAGGAGCUGAUCACCAAGGAAGAAAUGCUGAAUACUGUCAUCAAAGAUUACCAAGAUCACUUCCCUGAGAUCUUCAGAGAAGCCUCCGACUGCAUGCAGGUGGUCUUUGGAGUCGACGUGAAGGAAGUUGACCCUACCAGCCAGUCCUACAUCCUUGUCACCUCCGUGGGCCUCACCUACUAUGAGGAGCUGAAUGAUGCCCAGCGCUUUCCUAAGGCCGGUCUCUUGAUCAUCAUCCUGGGCUUAAUCUACUUGGAGGGCGACUGCGCUCAGGAGGAGGUCAUCUGGGAUGCGCUGGGUGCGAUGGGGGUACAUGCUGGGAUGGAGCAUUAUAUCUACGGGGAGCCCCGGAAGCUCAUCACCCAGGAUUGGGUGCAGGAAGGGAACCUGGAGUACCGGCAGCUGCCCAACAGCGAUCCUGCGUGUAAUGAGUUCCUGUGGGGUCCGAGGGCCCAUGCUGAAACGAGCAAAUUGAAAGUCCUCGAGUAUGUGGCCAAGGUCAGUGGGUGUGAUCCCAGAUCCUUCCCAUUCCUGUAUGAAGAAGCUUUGAGAGAUGAGGAAGAGGAGGCGUAA